CGCCGCCGCCACCACCGCCACCACCGUCCUUCUUCAUCGGUGGAGACGUCGCUUUCGUUCGAGAUCAGUUCCGUACGCGCACGAGCCGCAACCGAGCCACCCCCAAAGUCCUCGUCUCCGGCACUGUCGGUUGGUCACGGAGACAACGCGAACCGGCGAGGAUGAUGGACCGUCUGUCAGUGAUAUGGAGUGGCGCCGCGACAAAGGUCUGAUCGCGGUCCGAUGAUCCAUUCGCGCGCUCGGCGACGGGGAAAACGCCCUCUGCGACCGCGGCGCGUUCCCUGCCUGACUUGACCUUUUACCGGAGAAGAAGAAAGAGAGAGAGAAAGAGGAAAAAGAGAGAGGAAGAGACAGACCGAGAAAACGAGGGCAAACGGAUUCGAAAAGGACGUAGCACGCAGGACGACGUAGUGCCUACCUAGUGCGAGCCCGGCCAUAAAUCCGCUGGUACCUUCGUGGAGCGCCAUCGCCAUCGUCACAGCGACGAUAUGGAGAUUGCGGAGAACCGGAGCAGUGCCGUUGAGAUGUCGCGGAAGAUCUCCGAGACAUGAAGAGAGCGCGACCGAGGAUCACAUGGGUUUCUUUGAGUCGGGGCCGGCGGUAGCAGAGCCGUGAUCAAAAUGAACCUAAUAAACAUGGACGCGGAGAACCGCGUGGUUCUGAACGUGGGCGGAAUCCGGCACGAGACAUACAAGGCAACCCUGAAGAAAAUCCCGGCGACGAGGCUCUCGAGGUUGACCGAGGCCCUCGCCAACUAUGACCCGAUCCUCAACGAGUACUUUUUCGACCGGCAUCCGGGUGUCUUUGCCCAGGUACUCAACUACUAUCGCACCGGGAAGCUGCACUAUCCUACGGAUGUAUGCGGCCCGCUUUUCGAGGAGGAGCUUGAUUUCUGGGGGCUCGACUCCAAUCAGGUCGAACCAUGCUGUUGGAUGACCUACACACAGCACCGGGAUACGCAGGAAACCCUGACGGUCCUUGACAGGUUGGACCUCGACACGGAGAAACCCACGGACGAGGAACUGGCCAGGAAGUUUGGCUUCGAGGAGGCGUACUACGAGGGAACGCUCACAUGGUGGCAGAAGCUCAAGCCUCAGAUGUGGUCGCUCUUUGACGAACCCUACUCCUCCGUCGCGGCUAAGAUAAUCAGCAUAGUCUCCGUUUUCUUCAUCUGCGUUUCGAUAUUAUCGUUUUGCUUGAAAACCCAUCCGGACAUGCGAGUGCCGAUGAUCGUGAAUCGUUCGGUAAAGACUGACAAUAUGACAUCCUGGGUAGUGGACAAGACCCGCACCAACGCCCACGACGUCUUCUUUUACAUCGAAUGCGUCUGCAAUGCCUGGUUCACCCUCGAGUUCUUAAUACGUAUCACCGCGAGUCCGAAUCGCUGCGACUUUAUCAAGAGCUCUGUGAAUCUGAUCGACAUGGUCGCGACCCUGAGCUUCUACGUCGACCUGGCGCUGCAGCGGUUCGCGGCCCACCUGGAGAACGCCGACAUCCUCGAGUUCUUGAGCAUCAUACGAAUAAUGAGGCUGUUCAAGCUGACGCGUCACUCUUCGGGCCUGAAGAUCCUGAUACAGACCUUCCGCGCCUCGGCGAAGGAGCUUACGUUACUGGUGUUCUUCCUCGUUCUCGGCAUCGUCAUCUUUGCCAGCCUCGUGUACUACGCGGAGCGCACCCAGUACAAUCCGAAGAACGACUUCAAGAGCAUACCGCUGGGUUUGUGGUGGGCCCUGGUGACGAUGACCACUGUCGGUUACGGGGACAUGGUGCCGAAAACGUACAUCGGGAUGUUCGUCGGCGCACUUUGCGCGUUGGCCGGUGUCCUCACGAUCGCCCUGCCAGUGCCCGUGAUCGUUAGCAACUUUGCAAUGUAUUACAGUCACACGCAGGCGCGAGCCAAGCUACCGAAGAAGAGGCGUCGCGUAUUGCCGGUCGAACAGCCACGUGUGAGGGCACCUGGCGCGCCGCCCGGCGUCCCCGGCGGGCCCGGGACCGUUGGACCCCCGGGCUGCGGUCAGCAAAUGUCACAUUUGCAGUCUGGCGGGGGCACGGUCACCGGUGGGCCUCACGGCCUCGGCAUGGGUCAGACGCCCGGCGUCGGAUGCACCGGCGGCGGCCAAGGACCACAAAACCGGAGAAUGAACGCCAUUAAGACGAAUCAUCCCAAAGAUCCGUUCGCCACGAAAACAGUGGGUUGCAGAGGAAGACCGGAGGAAUUGUAAUCUACGAACCAACGGGACCAAGAGAGCCGGAGGUUUGGAUUAACCAUUUGCGGUCGUAGCGUGCUCGGAGACGUAUGGACGUCUUUCACUGGUCGGAAUUAUUUUGGAGCGAACGACGCGGCAUGUACACCCAAUUAACAACUGUCCUGUUAAAUCCGUAAAAUUUUAUUAGGGUUGCUCUAAAGACGGAGAACGGAAAAUGAUGUAAAAAGAAAAAAGAGAAAAAAAAAGAAACAAUACCUCGCUGCAACAAAGCAUUGCGGCUUCUGUUGCCGAACGGCUAGGCAAAAAUUAACACUGCCGGCGAGCGUGGCGGCUGUUCCGGUGUACGGUGACCGGAACGGUAAAAGUUUUGCGGCGGUUAUCACCACAAGACACACGACCGCAAGGAGGUAUACCUAUCUGUUUAUCUGGAGUUUGGAAUUAACAGAGACAGGGAGGAGAAUGCAAUCCUCUCGACAGCUCCAUAGCCGACGAGACCUGUGAGUGCCUCGAGACGAGUGUCGGGCAGGUUUGUCCAUUUGGGACGUCGCUCGACAAUGCACUCUCCCCUUCCCGGUCCAAUUCUACACUCCAAAUAAUACGUAUACCCAUCGGAACAAAAAAAGUGAUUGCGGAAGUCUCUCGGCGGUUAUACCACAAGUCAUCUAACGAGCCAUCUAUUCAUCUAACUAGGCAAACUGUGUAGAAAAUCGAGGAGAACUUGUGUAGCAAGUAGAAAACUUUCCUCCUUCCUUCGCUUCAUAAUUUGUAUUUUUUAACGUUCGUAAAAAAAAAGAAAAAUUACGCAGUUCAUUGAUAGAGCAAAUAAGCGCGUCGAUGUAUUGACGCUAUAUGUCGUUGAUGAUCGAGGCAUUUUCUCGUUCUUUCGUGCUACUUUACCCCUACAUCUUUUUCUUUCUCACGCUUGAAUGAUAUAAACGUCACAUUUCUCAUUUCCGCUAUUAUACUUUUCUAAUGUGUUAACUCGCCUACUUUUUCUUAUAUCGAAUAUUUGCUACGGGGUAGAAGCGUAAUCUCUUGUCGAGCGUUUCGUAGCUGCGAACGACAUAGCGAUUAAGAAGUAAUUUCGGCUAAAUAUUAUUGCUAGUCCCGCGAACGUCCCGUUUUCGGAGACGCAAGAGCAUCUUUGACAUCCGUUUCCUUCGGUUGGCUUUUCCUUUCCUUUCUGGUCUUGGAAGUUUUGCCAACUUAUUUGGUCGCAUGUUCCGCCAGUAUAGCGAUUAAUAGACAAACGCAAAACGAAAAUAUCCCACAAGAGUGCAGCCGAAUAUCUUAUACCGUCCACCAGACCGCCGUGUUUGUGACUCACGUAAACAUCGCGCAUCAUCCGCGGCUUCUAAAUAUAAGGUAGCUGACGAUCUUUCUCUAAGAUACAUUGUGGCAAAGGAUAUGCGCGCACAGUAGAAACGGGGACAUAAAGUUUGUUAUGUUGAGGCUAGCACGUUUCCAUUAUCGGUAUCAUCGCUUGGUCUAUACACAUUACCUCGAUUAGAAAAAAAGAUCGAUUCCUCAUCACGCGGGAGAAGCUAUCUUUUGCCUAUAUCGUCUACAUCGCCGAGCUGUCACAUCAUUUCCGUUGUCAGUGCGAUUCGCGUUUUUUCAUGAAACUCGCGCAAACGGCAAAUCGGUCGAACGACGGUGAAAAUUGCAUCCUAACAGUUGGCUUUACGACGAAGAUACAGAUAGACCGUACCGUACAUCUUUGGACUGUCGUUCUUGCCGCACACCUAGCAUCGAAUGCGUUUUGCCCGAUCCUGAGAUCCGUAGUCUCAUCGCGUGCUUGGCGACGACAAAUGUGGCUGUUUGAUUCCCUUAUCACGCGCGCAUGGUGCUAUUACGCGCAAAUCCUCCACUAGACAAAUAACACCCGGAAUCACUCAGCCACCAUCAUUGAAUAGCAAGGCUAAAACGCCGUAAUGAAAAUGUAGACGUAACGGACGUCUCUCCGUUGAAGUGGAUUCUCGAUAAUCGGGAUCAGACGGCCAACUUUGUGCGACGAACGUGGGAGGAAUGCGGAUCCGUAUCACUUUGCACACACCGUGAAUAUCGCCGGGACCAAUUCAUGUGAGCUCCUCUGCCCUCCCCAAUACUCGAGAUAUCAUUUGUAAUAUUAGUAGAAAAAGAACAGCUCCGUGUGUUCUUGUCCCCUUGGCGCAUCGACUUGUAAGCUCGGAGUGCAGCUCGUUCCGCAGCUCGUAACUCGACAGUAUAACGGAGCGUCUCUCUUUCUACAUAUACAAUAUCUGUCGUGCCUAAGAGCAGGAGGAGGAGAAAAUCGACGGGAAAGGACGAUAAAAGCAUAUCAUGUAGAUGUAUGUGCGAUCGAGUGUACAGAAUCUCGCGAACAACUGGCAAACACUUUGCGGACAAUCGUCGCUUCUUCGAUCAAAUUAAUCGUACUCGCGCGCGUUUCCGUUCCGAGGAAGUCAAAAUGGAACAGACCGUUCUUUUUCGGACCAAGGUCUUGAUCACGCGCCCAUCGAUCACGUCACUCCCGUAAAUUUAAUAAUAACGACUAACAUCUCUGUGAUGCGAACGAUCGUGUAUCCGUUUCUCUUUUAAUCCGAAUCAUCCACCCACGCGACGAGAGAUCAAUCACGUCAUUCGAUACCCACGUUAAUGAGACUGCGAAAGAUAUUCCUUAAGAUGACACACAUUUUCGACUUUAAACGAUACCUCAAAUCGUUUCGGAGAUAUUCGCGCGUUGUCAUUCGUGACACUUGUCGCGAAGGGAGUCGAAUACGUACAUGUCACAUCCUCCCCUAAUCCGGUCGUGCCUAAAAGUUUGUACGAUUAAUUUGUUGAUUGACGGACCCUUUUGCUCAUUCGUCCUCAUUUACGUGCGGUGUUUUAUCGGUGUUUGAGUUUGCAUUCACUGCUCACAAUCGCCCCGGUUCUUUGUGCCUUAAAGACUGGUUCUCAUACAUCGAGGUUGUGCUGAUUGUGCAUCGAGUUGCAGUACGCAACUAUCCUGAUGACUUUGUCAUUAGGGACUACACUAUCAAAUAAUUUUAUUGAAAAAUGAGAAAAAUUGACGCUCGCACUCGUUAGCCAAUCCAAUUCUCAAUGAUAUUAUCAAUGAUCGAAUAUAUAUCUCAAGGCGUAUGUGCCUCAAGAAUUAUCUUGAUUAAACGGGGAGCGACAGAACGGUUCAAGUAUACGUCCACGUUUGCAUUGAGUGACAUGUAAAUUUAAUGUGUAAAUUGACAGGUGUAAAUAGAUGCGCGCGUACUACUACCGAGUGGAAGUAACGCGUUCGCGAUUUUACAUGUGACACAAUAUACGGUGAUGCACAAUCGUUAUGCAAUCCCGUAAGUGAGGAGACCAGCCACGUAUAAUUCGAUCCUGACUAGACUAUACCACGUAUCGGCAAUACGAGUGCAUUCACGCACAUGUACGUAUAUUUCACGGAAUGUUCGCAUGCAUGUUGCAAUACUCAACGUUGUUGACCUGAAACAAGAUAGCGAGAGAAGGUAGCGCAAACGUUUCCAUUAGAUAGAUGCGUGCUGAGAAUUUGAAAUUUUUUCUUCCCUUUCGCAACUCCCGAAUAAAGCUGCAUGAAUCAAUCUAAGCGCACACGCAUAAAUACACUCGUAAGAAUUAUCCUUCCUCGAACCGUUCAAGCGAAUUCGAUCCUUUCGGCUUUCCUCGCGGUAGUUUCUCAAACCAGUGAGUCUGACAUAAUAUCUCAUAAAUCAGCCGACUUGGCAGCAAUUUGCGCUAAAUUUCAUCGGGACAAGAUUGUUUCGACUCAAGUCGUCAAGUGGAAAAUUUUCAUUUUCAAUCGAGCCGAUUCAGGGCUGAAAAUUGAAAGACGGAAAAUUGAAAGAGGAUGAUUUGAAAAAAGAGAGAAGAAGAGAGUUGUGUAAACGGUGUAUAUUUCUUCGACAAUUAAGAUAAUCGCGCGUAGAAUCAUCGAUGGCCGAAGAUACGUUUACCCUAUCUUAAAUGACCUAAUGUCAAAGUGAUCAGAAAAAUGGAGAGGGGAAGGGGGAAGGAGAAGAGGGUAUUGAAGAAGGGAAAAAGAUGCAUAUCCGCGGCGGGUACAAUGAGCACGCACGCACAACAGUUUUUAAAGGAGGAGAAGCGAGUAUAUACGGACUCGUGUGUACGUGCGUUUCGCGCACGUUGUUGCUCUAGUGCUGCACCAGCUAGCGACUUGUCGUGGUACCUACUCAUCUCUCGUGACGGCCAGUAACAUUAGCAUAAUUUCUAACAAUGUGUGUUUGCCGCUUGCGGUUACCAUCACGUUCGCUCCUUGCUUUACGUUAAUAACACGUAGGAUUGCCAGACGUCUAGAUUUUUCGUUCGAAUUGUCCUCUGAUUUCCGACGUACAAAGUACUCCUCCGUGUCUUGUAUCGAGUUUAGCCCACUUUAGGCCUCGACGUGAGUAGGACUAUGAUAAUGCACGCUAACGCUUUACGGCCAGUCGAAAUUGAUUGACAAGUAUAAUUUGCUCGUUGUAAACAAGUUGACUUUGUCCUGGAUGCGCACAUGGAAAUCUUAUCGUUCGUUCCUACCAUCGACAUGUAUUUUAUGCAAAUUUAUAAUUCGAUGCAGAAAUUGCCCGACACGUUCCGCGUCGUCGCACAACUUUGCGAAUGUUGCUCCGAAUCUGAAAGAUCUGGCAAUCCCAAUAGUCUGGGGCUCUCGUCUUUCCGAAACGCGUUUUCCGUUGGUUCCGCUAUUGUCCACUUCCCGGAUCAAGGGUGGAGGUCCAGGUUUUCUAAUACCAAAUUUUCUAACACGUAGCAUCGGUUAAUUAAUUAAUAAUGUGCAGGUUGUGCGAGUCCUCGCAUUCGAAUCGCAUUCGAAUUCGAAUAAUUUUCUUUGCGCGCUCAGAUGGCACUUUGGACAAUCCAUAGCUUCGACUGAGACAUGUAAUCUCUGAUACGUGACUGGAUAUUUUCGAUAACUCUCCCCGUGGCAUUAUAUCGGCAAAAGGAACUCGCGCGCGAGGCGUUUGUUACACGAAUAUGAAAGUUGCAGUCUCUCAAAGUUGCAAGUCGAUUCGUCUCCCGGCUCGAGCAGACCUCGAAUCAGUCAACGGAUGUCCAAGAGCUUCGGGCGAGUACUCGUACAUCUCUGGAUCUAAUAUUACCUCACGAGCAUACGUACACGCAUACACACGUACUGUCAUUUACUUGAGUCUCGCGUUGCCUGCGCACACCAUAAUCAUCACGAAUUGUACAGUACUCCGUUUUAUCGCUGGACGAUGUAAAUAUACAACGACAAACGUCCGACAGUUUUUUUCGGGAUCACGUAGCUCAAUCGGAUGCGGUGGGGUGCUUAACCGGAUCCGGAUAUAGAUUCGUGUCACAGAACGUUUAAUUCCCCGGAAAACGAAAUUAUCGCGUUAGGCAUGUUUCUAUCUAUACGUAACGCGCACGACACGCUGAGAUUCGACGGCGCAUUCCGACGUAGCGGCUGCAACAAACAAACGAUAUUAAUAUUAUAUUAUUUAAACAAGAGCGAUAAUGAAGAAAUCGUUUCACCUACGUCGUAGAUAAUAGAUUUUAAACUAUGAUUCUUUUUUAUGGUGGAUUCACUCCAAAGUGAACGGCCUCAGGACUGCGCGGGUUAAACGUCCCACGAACAUCCGAAGUUGCAUCAGUAGAGGAUUAGGACAGAAACGUGUGCCGCCGCACCAAGUGACCGUACACGCGCACAAUCACGUACCCAAUUGCAUACACGUUCGUCGCGACCACCGCCCUCUCUUACACUAUAUUUAACGGUGUCUUUUGACUUGGUAGAUAGAGAUACAUAUGAUUUCAAGUUCAACAAGACGACGUCGCCGACGACGGCACCGAGAGAACCGUGACUCAUCGUUGUCGUCGAAUUGUCUCUAUCGUGUUAUCGCUAACUUUAUUAUUAUUGUUAUCGUUAUUACAUUAUUAAUUAUCAUUAUUAUAAUACACGACUCGUAUAUGUAAAAUGACAUACAUAUAAGAGUAAUUUCUUAUAAUUUCAUCGAGGCAAGACGAAACGCCCGCGUACGUUUCUUCUAGGAGAACCAUUGAAAGUGAUGUUGUCCUCGUCGACAUUAUUAUUGUAUCAACAUUAUAAUUUAUUCUUGUAACGUCAUCAUCGCUAAUGAAUUACCGUGAUCGUCCUCGGCGCCUUCCGCAGCGAGAAUCACCAUUAUGCGUUAUACAUUGAUGAAUGUUUUACCGCUGUGAUCUCUCGUUCAAACAAUCUCGAAACGGAGAGAUCGAUGCCUCGCGAUUAAUGCGUAUCUGCGUAUCGCGGCCGAUGAUUGUGACGAGUAAUCAAACGAUCGGAGAAAAAGAUGCGGGACACAAAGGCGAAUUAUAUAUCUAUCACUGUAUCGAGAGUUGUGCGCUGCGUUUACGAUUUAAGCUAGUUCAUUUGUAAAUAAAAACUAUUUGACUCUUUGA